GUUGAGUUUUUGUCCGACAUUAUGAUUCUGUUUCUAUAAAAAAAAAGGAUUUCGGGGAGAUGUGAACGUACUUUUUGUAUAUUUUACUGGGUUGUAAGUGUAUUCAAAUAUACAGAAGUAACUUGGUUUUCUCUGCAAUCGAAGAUACAAGAGACUUAUUUCAUGGCGAGCACUCCCCCGUCACCUCUAAAGCAGCAAGAAAACAGUGCAAAUAGCUUGUCAUCUGUACACGAGAAGCAAAGCAGUCUCAGUCUGCCUCCAAAUGUGCGUCACUCCCCCCACAAUCAGGAUCCAGUGGUCAGCCCACCCCCUCCUGAGGACCUGUGGCAUCUACCUGGACGGCUCAGAAUCAAUCCGUCUCUAUGGGAUAAAGAGGAUGUGGCCCUCUGGCUCCACUGGGCUCAUAAGGAGUACUCACUGCAGCGUGCAGAAAAGGGCCGCUUUGAGAUGAAUGGAAGAGCUUUGUGUCUUCUCACCAAAGAAGACUUUAGACGUCGCUGCCCGAGUUCAGGCGACGUUCUGUAUGAAAUCCUUCAAUGUGUGAAGCAACACAGGAGAGGUGUUGUCUGUGAGACCCCCAUUGUGUCUUUGGGGUCAUCUGGGAACAUUCAGAGUGAAGUCAGCUGCCCGGUGCCUUUUGGGACUGUUCCAGAGCAACAGUCUGUGACAAUCAGUGACAACUCAGUUUCCACUGUUGCCACCACUGCAGUUUCUGCAGCUCUCACAGCCACUGUGAGCAGCCGGCCUGAGACGCUGCUUAGAAAUCCCCUGACCCUGGUUUCUUACCCUGCAUACAACAAUGGAUCAGUUGUGCUCUCUGUUGCCCCCAACAACCAAGUUGCAUGUCUGCCACAAACAGAAAGCAUCCCUCAAGAGCCUCUUAAUCUGUCCGGCCGAGAAAAGCCAAGGAGUCCGGUGCACAAAGCCAACGGGCGCAUUCCAAGGUGUAGAUUACUUUGGGACUACGUGUAUCAGUUAUUGUGCGAUGAUCGCUAUCGAGACUACAUCCGGUGGGAAGACGAGGACAGCCUGAUAUUCAGGGUGGUUGACCCCAAUGGAUUAGCUCGUCUCUGGGGGAACCACAAGAACAGAGAGAACAUGACCUAUGAGAAAAUGUCCCGUGCUCUACGACACUACUACAAGCUCAACAUCAUCAAAAAGGAGCGAGGGCAAAAACUCCUCUUCAGGUUUCUGAAACUACCACAGGACAUCCUGGAACAGCAGGGGGAUGCUCCUGUAUCCCCGGAUCACACUCCGCCUCCAGAUGAGUUGAGUGAUGAUCAUUUUGAGGUUUCACCUGAUCGAGCUUCUCCGCAGCCUCCCACAGGUGCCCCAGUAACAUAGAAAAAACAUGGGAAAUCACAAUACAAACUGUGUAAAUAUAAAUAAAAUUGCUUUGACUUAAUUA